AUGCGGGGCGCCUGGCGCCUCCCGGCGCUGCUGGUGCUCCUCGUCGUCGGCGCGGGGGGCUAUCCAACACCCGAUGAUAACCUCGGACCGCCCCUCGGCGUGGCUUGGACACACGCGAUGGGCGGACCCGCGGCUGGCGAGCGCACCAGACCGAGGGUGCCGUGUGUCGACGACGGGCCCGUGGCUGGCGCGCCCAUCGGGGGCAUGGGCGCGGGGACGAUGGGCAGGACGUAUCGCGGGGACUUCGCGAGGUGGCACAUGCGCGUCGGUGGUCACACGCACAGGCCCGCGGCGCACACCCUGUUCGCCGCGCGCGUCGACGGCACCGCCACCGUGCUCUCCGCGCUGCCGUCGCACGCGGUGAUGGAAGGCGUGCCCGGCGGCGGGGGCUCGGACCGGACCCACUCGCGUCGCGUCCUCCCCCCGGACGGCACCGGCGGGACCUACCACGCGCUCUACCCGCGGUCGUGGUACGAGUACGACCCGUCCGCGCUCGCCCCCGGGGGCCGGGUUCGGCUGUCGCAGACGCAAUUCUCGCCGGUCAUCCCCGGCGAGUACCGCGACGCGUCGAUGCCCGUCGGCGUCUUUCGCUUCCUCGCGUCGAACGAAGGCGACGUUCCCGCGGACGUCGCGCUGGCGUUCAGCUUCGAGAACGUCCUCGCCACCACGGACGUGGCGCCGGUGGACGUCGGUCCCCCGCGAGGCGCGUGGAGGCUCGCGCCGCACGAGCUGACGCACUCGACGUUUGAGCGAUCGGGGGGCCGCGUCGCGGGGGUUCACAUGCACACGGACGACGUGGUGUACGGCACCCGAUCGCCCUCGGAGCCGUGGCACGGGGGGAUCGCGGUGGCGGUCGGCGGGAACGGCGAACUUGGGGGGCUGAACGUGACGACGCUUCCGCUGUACGACGCGGGCGACGCGGAUUCGAUCGAGUCAAAGUUCUGGCGCCCUUUUGAGCGAGCGGGCGGUUUCGGUCGGGACGAGUCGGCGGCGGCGAACGAGCACGACGGCGGGCUACCCGCCGGUCCGCUGUCGGCGUGCGCGGUGAGCGCGGCGUUCACGCUGGCGCCCGGUGAGCGUCGCAACGUGACGUUCGCGGCGGCUUGGGACCUACCCGCGAGUUCGUUCCCGAGGGGCGUCAGGUGGGCGAAGAGGUACACCCGAUACCACGGAUCGUUCAUUCACCGCCGGGACGUGCCGCGCGGUGCCGCCGCACCGGACAUCGCGACGGAGGCGUUGCUCCGCGCGGACGAGUGGGAAGGUGACAUCGCGCGGUGGCAGCGGGGGUUCGUUCAGUCCGCCGCGGCGAAGGACGCCAACCUGGACGACCCGGCCGGCGGGCGGGGAAGGAACUACCCGGGCAGGGUCCGCGAUCGGCCGACGCUGCGCCGUCCCGCGUGGCUCGUCGGCGCGAUGUUUAACGAGCUGUACUACCUGGUGGACGGUGGCACGCUGUGGGGCCGACCGUUAACGGUGGCGGGUCUCGAAGGCGACGUCGAGGAGUCGGAGGCUUCGGCCGCGGCGCCCGGGGGUUGGCGCGGCGAGGACGGCGAGGGGGGAGACGCGCAGGACGUCGCGGGAAACGGGGGCGAGUGGGGCGGAACCCUGGGGAGGUUCGGUUUGCUGGAGAGCUUCGACGCGCCGGUGUACAACGCCCUGGACGUUCACUUCUACGGGUCGUGGCCGCUCGCCAUGCUCUGGCCCGGGCUCGACCUGGCUGUCCUGGCCGACCUGGCGGCUGGGGUGGACUCGGAGGACGACGAGGAACGCGCGCUGUCGUGGAACGCGCGGGACGCGGGGCGCGCGCCUGAGAUGAGGAAGAGGAAGGUGCGGGGUUCCGCGCCGAGGGAUCUGGGCGCGCCGUUCGAUGCGCCGCUGACCUCGUCGCCCAACGCCUUUGACCUCACCGACGUCAACCGUUGGAAGGAUCUCGCGCCCAAGCUCAUGUUAACCUUGGCGCGCGCGCACGCCUUGCGGGGCGGGUUCAGGGGCCCGAACGACCCCGGGGGCAUACCUCGCGACGUACUCCGGCGCAUGUUCCGGCCGUGUUACGAGUCCCUCGCCGCGCAGCUUCGAAGGUUCGACGGGAACGGCGACGGGUUGAUAGAGCACGACGACGACGACGAAGCGGGGCCGGACCAUUCGUUCGUCGCGUGGCGCGCGAGGGGUGACACGUCGGCGUACGCGGGCGGGCUGUGGCUCGCCGCGCUGCGCGCGGGCGCGGGGCUGGCGAGGGACCUCAACGAGACGCACGCGCGUGAUAGCCUGGAGCAAACGAUGCGAGCCGCGGCUGUCGCCCACGACGCCGCGCUCUGGCUCGGCGACGACGACGGCGGCCGAGGGUACUACCGCUUCGACGCGAGCGGGACGGAGGGGGGCGACGUGUCGUCCGCGGCGCAGGUCAUGGGCGAGUGGGCGCUCGCGGUGAUCGGCGCUCGCGGUGUCCUGCCCGCGCGCAAGGUUCGCGCGGCCCUGGCCUCCGUCGCUCGGCUCAACGUCGCCGCCGCGGGGGGCGCGGGGGGCGCCGUCAACGGAGCCGCCGCGUCGGGUUCCGUGGAUGCCGUCAGCGCGCACUCGAACGAGGUUUGGCCGGGGGUGUCGUACGCGGUCGCGUCGCACAUGCUCCUGGCGGGUAUGGAUGAUGAAGCCUGGGAGUUGGCGCGUGGCGUGGCGGCGGGGACGUACGAGCGGGGUUUGGCGUUUAGGACCCCCGAGGCUUGGGACGCUCGCGGCGGGUUCCGGUCAGCGAUGAGCCAACGGGCCGGGUCCGUGUGGGCGAUCGAGCACGCGCUGACGUUGCGACACAGGCGGGAGGUGGCGGCGUGGGAAAAAGCCGGGCGAGGCCGGGUGAAAGACGAGCUUUAGGUAACUUACUCGUGUGGAAUAAGGCAUAUACUGAUUUGGGUUGCUAUACAAUUCCAACUCCCCGUUUCCGUUUCCAGACCGCCAUCGGCCCUCUUCUCUCUUCCCUCACCCCCUGCUGUGAUAUCAAUUUGCUAUAUUUACAUGAUCACGCAGAAGCCGCCACUCUCCUUCUUCUUGGCGGGCUUGGGCGGGGACUUGGCAGGGGACUUGACGACGGGCUUUGACGGGGUCUUCUUCGUCACGCCACCCUUGGGAGCGACAGCCUUCGCCUUGGGGGUCGCAGCCUUCGCAGCCCGCCUCGCCGAAGGGGGCCUGGUCGGGGUGACCACCGCGGGCUUAGCUGGGGACUUCUUGGCGGGAGUCUUCUUAGCGGGAGUCUUCUUAGCGGGAGUCUUCUUAGCCGGGGUCUUCUUGACGGGAGACUUGGCAGGAGCCUUGGCUGGGGACUUGGGCGCAGGAGACUUGGCAGGAGUCUUGGGCUUGGAGGGGGUCUUGCCGGUCUUGGGGGUGAGAGCCCUCCACUUGUCGGACAGGUCCUUGUUGCUACGGCCCUUGAGGGGAGUCGAGAACUUGGGAUCCUUGAGGAUCUUGGCCCAGUUGCUGGCUCCGUGCGCCUUCACACCAGCCGCGAGCGCUUCGGACUCAGCGGUAGUCCACGCGGAGGAGGUCUUGCGCUUCGCGAGGCUCAUCUUCUUCUUGUUCGAGGACGCGGGGGUCUUCUUCGCAGCGUUCUUUUUCGCCAUCGUUGCGACGUGGAGGUGACACGCGUCG